AUGAUGGAAAUGGUUUCCGUAGCAAUUUACAUCAUUGUCUUGCUUGUGGGGGCCACAGGGAAUGGUGUAGUGAUCUUCCUAACUGGUUUUCGCCUGAAGAAGACGGUGACCACCAUAUGGUAUCUCAACUUGGCCGUGGCCGACUUCAUUUUUGCUGUUUGCCUCUCCUCAGAUAUAGCUUAUUUAGCCCUGAAAAGUUGGAUUCUGGGAAGACUGAUGUGUAAACUUGACUCUGUGGUCCCCUUCCUUAAUAUGUUUGCCAGCGUCUUCUUCUUGACCACCAUCAGCGUUGACCGCUGUGUUUCAGUGGUGCACCCAGUCUGGGCCUUAAACCAUCGUACCCUUCAGCUUGCUUCAUUCAUGGCUGUGGUCAUCUGGGUGAUGGCUUUGUCUCUCAGCUCACCGUACUUCAUCUUCCGGGACACAGAAGACUCAGAAGAUGGCACUGUCCAAUGCAUUUACACCUUCAGUUUGGGCAACGAUAGUGAUCUAUGGAAACACCGUUUCUUGGUGGCUACUGAAUUUGUGCUUGGCUUUCUCAUCCCCUUCACCAUCAUUCUGACCUGCUACUGCGCCAUUGUCAUCAAACUAAGAGGGAAAAUCUUUGGCCGAUUUAGCCGAUCCUUCAAAAUCAUCAUAGCCGUCAUUGUAGUCUUCUUCUGUUGCUGGUUUCCCUACCACCUCUUCUCUAUUCUUGAAACACUGGAGGAUGACAGCCUGGAAAUGAAACACAUCCUUGAUCUAGGCUUUCCACUGGCUUAUGGACUGGUUUGUCUCAACAGCUGCCUGAAUCCCCUCUUGUAUGCUUUCCUUGGGCUGGACUGCAGAAAAACCAGCAAGCGGUCCUUCCUAUCAGCCUUUAGAGGAGCUUUUAGCGACAGCUGGACCGUGCCCUCUUUCUCCAGCAACAGAAACUCUAGCUCCACGUCAGGAGUGGAGUCCACCAUGGUUUGA